GACGAAUAGAAAUAGAUUCGCCUUUGACCCAGUUCGUGUAAACAAUGUUGUCACCGAAGUCAGUUUUGAUUACCGGUUCUAGCCAAGGUAUUGGUCUCGAGUUUGUUCGAGCAUUUCUUAAGCUGACAACCCCUCCAAAACAUAUAUUUGCCUCAUGUAUAAACCGUGCAAGUGCAGAGGAUCUAGACGAAAUAGCAAAGACCAAUCCAGCUGUGAAAGUAAUUGAGCUAGACGUAGAAAAUCAAGACUCAAUAGAGAAAGCCAAGGAAGUUGUACAGUCAACAGUGCAAGAUGAAGGGCUUAAUUUACUUGUUAACAACGCUGGCAUACUCAAGCGGAUGGGAUUCCAUGACGUGACCAGGGAAGACAUGCGAAAACAUUAUGAGGUUAACUGCAUUGGUCCUCUAAUGAUGGCAAAGACAUUUCAUCCCCUUUUGAAACAGGCAGCAAGUCGGUCUCCAAGUGAUCCAAUGUCCUGUAACAAAGCUGCGAUUAUCAAUGUUGGAUCCGGUCAAGGUUCAAUAUCAGAAAAUGCAUCCAGUGGAAUGUAUCCGUACAGAGCAUCAAAGUGUGCAUUAAACAUGAUGAUGACCUGUUGGAGUAUCGACAUGAAGGCUGAUGGCAUACUGUGUGCGUCUAUUGCUCCUGGCUGGGUCAGGACGUCGAUGGGAGGACCUAACGCCGCUGUAUCGACAGAGGAAAGCUUGAAGGCGAUGUUUGAAACAAUGGAAAAACUUGGUGACGCGGACACUGGAAAGUUUCUCCAUGCAACAAGAGGUGGAACUGUGGUACCGUGGUAGAUCAGUUUUUACAUAGAGUGUCGAGGGAAGACUGAAGCUCACAUUGUUGCAAGGAUAACAUUUCAUCAUUGUCUUGUGUCAGACAAUGCCUUUGCGGUCGCGAUAAAUUGACAAUCAUAUAAAAUCCUGCUUAAUUGUUGGUGUUUUAUAAACAUUUGAUAAUCGAGUAUUUUGUUAUUUUUUUCAAUUGGCAGAAUAAUAUAUACAUAUUGUGUAACUGCUAUUGAUGCUUAAAUAAAGCCUAUUCUAUAAGUUUUUUCUAGUUUCCUGAAUACAUUAGUAAUGGAUUGCAGAAUUACCUGUGAUGUUGCCAUUGUGUUUUAGCUGCCCAGACCAUAAACUUUUAUCAAGGCUCUGUAGGCAACACAUGGACUGUUACCUUACCCAGCCUUUCUCUUGUUUUGCAAAGCUUUUUGAGAAAAUAACUUUGAAUUAUAGUAUUUUUAGCUCCACUAUUCCUAUUCGGAGAAUGGGGGUGGGGGGGGGCGUGACCCUUCUUGAUUAAAGUUUUUCGGCAACCUUUGUUUUUCUGUCAUAUCUUUGUUACUAUUGCUUAUAUCUUAAGUAACUUCACAUAAACAUUGUCCAGUAUACAAACAAUAAAUGUGUAGGGGCUGAGCCCAUUAUACCUAAGGUCAAGGUCACGAAGGUGUUACACUUAGGUUAUUUUUAAGGUUAAAGUUUUUCGGCAACCUUUGGUUUUCUGUCAUAUCUUUGUUACUAAUGCUUAUGUCUUACUUUAAGUUCACAUAAACAUUGUCCAGCAUACAAACAAACUAUGUGUAGGGGCUGGGCCCAUUAUACCCAAGGUCAAGGUCACAAAGUUGUUAUACUUGGAAUUAUUUUCAUGUUAAUUUUUUUCGAAAGCUUCCUUAUAGACAUAUCUUUGGUACUUUAAAAGAUAAUAACUUGAAAUUAAAAAUAUUUCUUUAUAGUCUUCGUCUGCAUGUGUGGUUAUAAACCCCAUAACUCUAAUUGUAUUUUUGACAGAAUUAUGCCCCUUUUGUAUUUAAACUUUAUUGCAAUCUUCGCUUUCUGGAUAUUACUUUAAUGCAAUAUAAGAUAAAGACUUGAAACAUAAAAUGUAUCUUUAUCAUCAUCAUCUGCAUGUGUGGUAACAAUCCCCAUAACUCUGAUUUGUAUUUUUGACCAAAUUAUGCCCCUAUUAUACUUAAUUUUUUAACAAACUUCGUUUACUGGACAUAACUUUGGUACUAUGUAAGAUAAUGACUUGAAACUCAAAAUAUAUCUUAACCAUCAUCAUCUGCAUGUGUUGUAACAAUCUCAAUAACCCUAAUUUUUGUUCUUGACAGAAUUAUGCCCCUUGGUGUAUCUUCCUUUUAAAGUAAAGGUCUCUUAUUGAGACAUAUAUUCAUCUUACUGUCAAAUCCCCGAAUAGUGGAGCGCGCUGUCUUACGGACAGCUCUUGUUCUGUGGUGUUUCCACCAUGUUUAUCAUAAAUGAUUUGCAUAGAAAUAAGAAAUACAGAGAAUCUAGUUACGAAUUGACAGUGGCAUAUAUUAGGCCAAGAAAAUGUGUAUUUUAUUGAAAUAAUGUAGCAGUAUGCACAGAUUUAUUUAAUUAAAUUUAUAGCACGCUU